AUAAGGACGCUCGCCCUCCUUGCUACUCUUCUCCUCUUGGUCUUCCAGGCCCAGGCUAAGCCCCUGGGAGAGAAAGAUGACCACCUUCCUGCCCAGGACGAGCCUGGGGCCAAGGUUCCAGACACGAUCACCUCCUUGGAGGGGGAUGAAGGUGCCACUCGACAGGCUUCAGGCCAUGAAAAACAAAAGGGGUGUUUCUGCAUAGGCCUACUCUGCUAUUGCACCUGAGCAUCAGUCUGGGACUUGCAAGAGUACCUUCUCUGGCGCCCUCUGCAGUCUUUGUUGUCAUCCCUGAGCUUUGUGGAUUAAAACCCAAAGCAGUACAGCAUUCCAUUUGAAGACCUGAAAAGGGUUUUCUCUUUGUACUUUGCAACUUUUUCUUAUUUCUCUCUCCAAAAUAAACUUCAAGCAUUGAA